GAUAUAUUUUAUAUUUCAUUGCAGGUACCAUAAUAUGAAAGAACCUCGCGCGGUUGUAUUGCGUGUCAAGUGAUUAUGUGUUGAUUGAUCAAUGAUGGAGCAGAUCGAAAGUAUGUCGCCGAGUCGCGAUGAGCCUCAAGAAUUAUCGACGAGUCCCGGUAAUUCGGUGGAUCUGGCUAAUUGCCUGCAAGAAAUCCGGCCGUUGAAAAGAAAAAUUCGGAAACUCGGAAAGGACAGUCAGGUCUUGAAAGAGAAGCUUCGCUGUUGUCGCGAUUCUUUGCGCUCGACCUUGUCGCAGAUUGAUGAAAAAGGCCGUGAACUGGUCGAUGCCAUCGUUGAAGUCGGCAAACUGGAGACAGAAAUCGCUGAUGAACUGAGACGGAAGGUUAAGCUUUCGAAAAAAAUUGAAAGUGGACAACAGCGCAGGGAUUCUCUUCGAUCGUUGGCAAGUCAGUUCGAACACGCCAGGGAUCUCGUGCGAGAAGCCGCGGACGUUCUCAACAAAGACAGAGAGGAAUUAGACGAAAGACUUUCCGUUGCAAAACAACGAUUGGCUGGUGCCAACGCGAGAAUUUCUGCGUACAAAGAGGAAAUCACGGGAAAGGCUCGAGAUCUUUCGAAUGUCAUGAGUUUGGGUUCGAAGUUACACACGUCCUUGGACACGUUGAUGCGAUUCAUCGAGCGGAAUAGUGCAGAAGGCCCGAUGAUCUUCCUACCUGGAGAUUUCGACCUAGCGUCGCAUGAAACCCUAAGGUCCUGGGUGAACUUCAGUAUCAAGGGAUACGCAUCGUUCCAAUCGGCGAACAGGUCUUCAGAAACCAUGCAUUUGUCGUCAAGUUUGAGAGAAAUCUCGUCCGAAAGCGAAGCGGAAGACGUUUUUAUUACAGAAAAACGUGCUUCUCCCAAGAAAAGUAUGCCUUUAGUCGACUCGAGUCCGAUUCCCGAGCAGCAAAAGACGAGAGUCGUCAAGAAAAAACUCGGUCGGCCACCCGAACGCCGGCUGAAAGAAAUUCUCUCGCGACAGAAACGAAACUCGAACGGAUCCCCGAAAAUCUCACGAAGUGCGAAACAUGAGCGGAAAUCGAUUCAGGAGGAAAUAGUAAACGUUAAGACAGAGACUCCGACAAGAUCUCUUCGUGUAACCCGAAGAAGUGUGAUAGUUUCGCGAGAUUCGGAAGAUGUCGCUGAAAUUCUGGACAUACCAUCGAGCAUGCCCGAAAUCGACUUCGAAAGUCCGAAAAUUCAACAGAUUAAGGCGAGUCCUGUUCGUGCUCCGUCUCUGCGAAAAAAUGUUACUACCAAGAAAGCAUCGCCUGACGGAAAAUCUCGUGAUGCACAAAAAUCUGGAAAGAAGCUUUUUUCGAAGCGAAAGCCACCUGUGUCCUCGUUGUCAUCUUCUUCGGAAGACGAAAAAAGUGACGAUGAAAAGUCGCGAAACAGUGAAGCGUUGAACGGUUUGAAAGAAAAAAUGAAGGAACGUGUAAAGGUGAAAAAUUUGUCGCCAUCUCGAAAGAAGCGGAAAACUGAGGAUUCUUUCCUGAAAACUCCGAUCAAAACUUCUACUCCAGCUACACAACUUUCGUCAUCGUCUGAAGAGGAAUUUUGUGCGACUCCGAGUCCAAGAAUUCAACAGAUUAAGGCGAGUCCUGUUCGUGCUCCGUCUCUGCGAAAAAAUGUUACUACCAAUAAAGCAUCGCCUGACGGAAAAUCUCGUGAUGCACAGAAAUCUGGAAAGAAGCUUUUUUCGGAGCGAAAGCCACCUGUGUCCUCGUUAUCAUCUUCGGAAGACGAAAAAAGUGAAGAUCAAAACUCGCGAAACAGUGAAGCGUUGAACGGUUUGAAAGAAAAAAUGAAGGAACGUGUAAAGGUGAAAACUUUGUCGCCAUCUCGAAAGAAGCGGAAAACUGAGGAUUCUUUCCUGAAAACUAUGAUCAAAACUUCUACUUCAGUUACACAACUUUCGUCGUCGUCUGAAGAGGAAUCGUGUGCGACUCCGAAGAGAAGUAUGCCCGUGGUGACAAUAAGUCCGUCCUUGCGAAAAACGCCGUCAGCUUCGAAGAACGCGCCAGAAGAAGCUCCUGUAGUUUCGGAGAAGCCUUCGGAGUGGAAAAGAACAUUUGAGUGUCGUCCACGGACUUCAAAAAUGCAAGAAAGUGUGCCAAGAACUGCUGUGAUGCUGGGGAUUCCCACGUCUCCGCUGAAGAGAAAACUUGGUCCGCCUGAAACGACCGAAACAACUGAUCUUGUACCAGUGACAGUAUCCCCGAAGAUCAAAGCAUCGCCCAAAGCAAAAGCUUCUGGAAGUCAAGGUCCCUCUCAAGCGCAAACUACGAAAGCUGAAGGUCACUCUCAGUCGCAAACGAGGAGAGCAGUUGCGAAACAAUUAAACGAUGCCACUGAGGUUUUCAUGAUUCGGAAAUCCAACCGACCCGCGAAAUUCGUUGUCAAACGGAAAGCUAAAACAACUGUAAAAUCAACCGCGGAUGAGUUUGUUUCGGAAGAUGUCGUUGAUGAAUUUAUCUCUGGGGUACGUUCCUCUGAAAUACUUGCUGAAGUUGACGCUACUGUGGAUAUUCUGGUGAGCUCCACGAGCAAUGCCGAGGAUUUUCAGGGAAAAACUUCAGAAGAUAGUGUCUUCAUUGUUCCCCCGCCAGUUGAAUUCCGCAGUGAUCAUCCUGGUAAAACUGAACCAAAUGGUAUUGCUUGCGUGACAGCAACUCGACCGAAGAAUACUACCACUAAGCAGUCGGAAGAACGAGAAUUCGUUUCGGAAAUACCAGCGCCUUGCAUCAUGGACACGACUGAACUUUCUGUGAAUGUUGAUCUUUCGGUGACAGAUCUGUUAUCUUCUGGAUCGCAUCUUGAAGAAACCUUUACGACUGAAGAAUUACCUUCAAAAUCGUCACUUCCGAGUGUUUCGAGGUCAACUUCUUCGUAUGAUCAGUCGCACACUUCGAACGUUUGUUCACAAGCCCGCGAAAACGGCACGAAUGAAAUGUCUCCUCUCAAGGAUGAGGAAGUUUCCCAGCUCACAUCGUCAGUAUUUAACGGUUCUCGAAUAUCUCUAAACAAUCCGAUCAACUUGAGCGAAGAUUUCCAGCCUCCGACUGAAGUUGUGCGAGAUUUGUUCCUGUCCGACGAAGAUUCUUCAAGCGAAGAGACAAACAAGACGACAUCGGAAAGAAAAUCACCUCGGCUGUUAGAAUCAAGCAAAGGCGACGCUAAAAGGGAAACUUCAGAAUGCAGCGGAAUUCNCAGCGGAAUUCAAAAGCGUAUUGAAUCUGAAAUCAUGAAAAGAAAAUUUGCUCGUCGUCGUCCAACGAAUUCAACGUUCGAAAGCAAGCCAGAAAAGCCGGAGAAACCUGUGAGACAAGUUCGUCGGUCAGUCAGAACCGUGGUGUCGAAGAAGAAAAACCCAGUUCCACGAUCGAAGAGGUCAGAAAUUUCUGUUAUGAAGCAUGAAGCUGAUAAAGCGGAAGUUCCUGUGAUGCGAAAGGCGAUUAAAAGGACGAGAAGCCCGAAAAAAUCGGCUGCUACUCCGAAGGCGUGUUCUGUGAAAAGCAUCCAGGAAAUUGUCGAACCGGUACCUGAAAGAAUUGAGGGCUUGGAACAGACUCUUCCGAUUUCAGAAGAAGCCGUUGCAAUGAGUCCUGUCGAGGAAACAGUCGCUGAAUCUGAUCAACCGCGGACACCAAAGGAACUCGACGGGGAAGCGGAAAAGUCCCCGAAAGUGAAUCGCAAAUUAUCUUUAGUUCUGAAGAAGCUGGAUGUUCAAAUUUCCCAACCAGCUAUGAUUCCGUCCGGCGAUCUUACCCCUGCAAUUGAGGCCAGUCAUGCUUUCACUUGCGAAGUUGACGAGAAGGACGAAAUUCCGCAGGUUAUUCCUGCAAAGGUGAUGGCCCUUGAAACCCGCGAACAGCCUAGAUCUCAGAUAUCGGCGAUAUUCGGGAGUGACUCCGAAUCCGAAUAUUCUCCUGUGAUCAUGUCCCCGCAGGAUAUUGACGGGCUUGCCCGUGAUCUGGAAAUUUCCGAUGAGGAGUCACAAGAAUUUUCACAAGAGGAACCGGAAACUCCGGUGAAAACCGCUCCUAGUGGAGAGAUAACGAGUCGUCGAACUGAAUCCAUCGGUGAUCUCAAAUCAUCAAGUAAUGAACAAAUGGAAUCCUCUUCUCUGAAUAUGGAAACAGAGGAGUCGAAAGAAACGCUCCCUCGAGUGGGUGAAACUCUGAAGACUUCUGAAAAUGAAGAUAGGAAACUUCAGGAGAUUCCCGAGGAUUCCUCCAAGAUCAGGGAAGGACCAGUGGAUGUCAUUGAAGGCGACAAAGUCAUUUCUGUCGUGGAAGGGGAGAAUAUCCCGUCACAGAAGAAAGUGGACAUGCGUGAGCUUUUUGACAUGUCCUCUGAUGAUGAGUCUCCUUCCGCCAUUAAAAAUAACAUUUCAAAGGAAGAAAGUUCGUCAGAUUAUUCGACUAGCUCCGAUUCGGAAGGAGAAGAUGAAAUGAUAGUUGAACAAUCGAAAAUGUCCGCCGACCUGAUGAACACAGUUGCAGAUUUCGGCCUUGCUUUGCCAGCUGCAUCCUUAAUGGUAGCCGAAGAUCAGAAUUUUUCGAGAGAUCCAUUGGAUAGCGAAGAAGACUUGACGAUAGAAGAGCCUAUUGAGCGCAAUUCGGGUUCCGGGAGGAAUUUUUAUGCGUCAGCUGACAAAACUGCUGUUUCCAAGGAGGAGCCCCGCGUUGAUCCCUCAGAAUUUGUAAAACCAGUGCCUUCGUUUUACGGUGGAGAAGCUUGUUUGUCUGAUCGAGAGCCGGAAGAAACAAUCAGUGGACUGAACUAUCUUCCGUUGCCUGGAAGAUUUGCGUCGGUCGUGGCAGCAGUUGAGCUGCUUCUAAAUAAAGACUCCAUCGAUUUGGCGAAACAGAAUGCGAGAAAUCUGCUUUUGAAGGAGUGCGAAAGUGGAAACUUCGCCGACGCAAUGAUCCACCUCAUAGAAGCCGUGGAAGGAAAGUUGCUAUUGGACUGUGAGUUGGUGCGGGAAUUCAGUGAUAAGCUGUAUCCACGAUGGAUCGUGAAACUGUCGACUUUAUGCGCCGACCUCAAUUUGAACGACUUUUCUAUGAAUGCGUUCCUCGGUCGGUUUCUGGUAACCGGGGAGUUGAAAUUUGAGCGAGGAAUGGGGGUCGGCAAAUGCUUGGCGUUCAUUUUUCACUUGGCGCAACGCGGAGGUUUACCGUCGCUGUUCCUCAAGAAGUUUCUGUUGCACGUUUUAAGAUCCAAGGACUGGGAUGUACCCAAAAUCAUUAUGAGUGUCAUGAUCUUGACCAGCAACAACCAUGGGAGUGACACCUUCAUUUCAGUUAUGUGCGACUACUUGGCGAGUAUUGUUGCCGGUCCAUUGCGAUGCUUCGGUUGCUCUAUGACAUCGAAGAAAUGCACUCUGGCGCCAGAACCAACAGAUUUAACUGCCUUUCCCUUGAUUGUUUUGAAGAUCGUACAGAGUUCUAAGGCAUCCCUGGAUGAAUGGAUGAUCACGAAAGAAGUCCUUGUGGCUGUGAAGAAUUUGAAGGCGCCUGUUGGAGAUGCUAGGCUUAUGUGGAAUGUUUUGGAGGACGUGUUGUGGCAUUCUGCUGGAUGAGGAUGGGCAUGUUCUUUGCAUUGCCAACAGUGGGUUUGGUUGCCAGUGAUGGAAACAUGGACUUUUUGGCAAAAUUUGAUCUGCGAAACGGUGCAAAUGCUUCCUGAGCUUUUUUUUUACAUGUCCUGAUGAGAAAUGAAUGACCUUUGGUCAUUUUUGCUUUGUGUUUAUUUAACUUUUUAGAGAUCACUACCAAAUUUACUCAACU